UUAAACUACUCCAAUAUUAAGUGUUUUGCGUUCGCUUGAAUUAAAAAGUUGAAAAUAGUUGCUGAUUAAUCAUCAAUCUCAUUUAUAUUUCGCGCGUUAAUUUGUAGCGAAUGAAUCGUAUAAAUACAAAAACUCAACUUGACACACAUCAGUAAAGCUUUUGUUGGAACAAUUGGCAUCGACAAGCACAAAUAUCUGUACUUUCAAUAUGGCUUCAAAUGGAUCAUUUUCAAAAAAUACCGAUCAAAUUGUUGAACCUGCAGGCAGUUCAUCAACGACAUCGCCGCGUACCAGCACAUCUCGACCGCCACAUCAGCAUCUACCGAGUGUCUUACCCGAUGAGGGCACAUAUCUGAAACCGAAUGCGAAACAAGCAUACUUCAGCGAUGAAAAGGUGCUCAUACCACAAAAUGAUGAGACUGGCUUUAGCUUUCGCAAAUUAUGGGCAUUCACCGGUCCUGGGUUUCUCAUGUCCAUAGCAUACUUGGAUCCGGGCAACAUAGAAUCAGAUUUACAAAGCGGAGCGGCAGCAAAAUAUAAAAUCUUAUGGGUACUUUUAUGGGCCACGGUUUUGGGUUUACUGAUGCAACGUCUGGCGGCGAGGUUGGGUGUUGUGACGGGUCUACAUUUGGCCGAGAUGUGCUAUCGCCAAUACAGAAAGCUGCCGCGCAUCAUUCUUUGGAUAAUGAUUGAGAUUGCAAUUAUCGGCUCGGACAUGCAGGAAGUGAUUGGCACAGCGAUUGCGAUAUAUUUAUUGUCAAAUAAAAUCGUGCCGCUGUGGGGUGGAGUGCUGAUAACAAUUAUCGACACGUUCACAUUUUUAUUUCUAGAUAAAUAUGGUUUGAGGAAACUGGAGUUCUUCUUUGGCUUUUUAAUCACUGUAAUGGCGGUUACUUUCGGCUAUGAGUACGUUGUCUCAGCGCCUAAUCAGGGUGAAGUAAUGGAAGGAAUGUUCCUGCCGUGGUGUAAGGAUUGUAAUGCAAACGUUCUACUGCAGGCUGUAGGCAUAGUUGGUGCUGUGAUAAUGCCCCACAAUUUGUAUCUUCAUUCCGCUUUAGUCAAGUCACGUGAUAUCGAUCGUCGUCAACCGAAAAGAGUUAGCGAGGCAAAUUUCUAUUUCUUCAUUGAAGCGUCGGUGGCGCUAUUUGUGUCAUUCAUUAUAAAUCUAUUCGUCGUAGCUGUUUUCGCACACGGCAUGUUCGGUAAAACAAAUCAAGAUGUGCUGGAUGUCUGCGUCAAUCAAACAAUGUACGAAGACGCAAAAGCGUCGUUUACGGAUUCGCACAACAACACCGAUCUCAUCGAUGCCGAUCUUUAUAAGGGCGGUCUAUAUUUGGGUUGCACAUUCGGUGCAGCGGCUAUGUACAUUUGGGGUGUUGGCAUUUUGGCCGCUGGUCAGAGCUCUACCAUGACUGGCACAUAUGCGGGACAAUUUUCAAUGGAAGGGUUUCUGAAUUUGCAAUGGCCACGCUGGCGCCGUGUGCUCUUCACGCGUUUAAUCGCCAUCAUACCCACAUUCUGCUUGGCCUUCUUCACACGCAUGGAAGAUUUGACGCAUUUGAAUGAUAUUUUGAACGCAGUGAUGUCGUUGCAGUUGCCUUUUGCCGCCAUACCAACGAUAGCAUUCACAUCGUGUGUGGCAAUAAUGGGUGAAUUCGUAAAUGGCCUGGCGAACAAAGUCAUAUCCAUAAUGUUAACCAUAGUGGUAAUAACGGUAAACAUCUACUUCGUUGUUGUGCAAGUGCAGACGGCGUCUCUGGAAAAUGGUUUAUUAGCAUUAGUUUGUAUAGGAGCCAUUUUAUAUUUGCUUUUUAACUUGUACCUUGUGAUACACAUGAUUGCGUGCAUGGGCAAUCAAAGAUUUGUCAAUAAUAGGUGGGUCCAGAAGUUCGUACUCCCCAGUCAGAAUAGUUUUACGAUAAAGAACGCCAAUUCAACGUACGCAAGUGCCGUGUCUAUAGCAAUUGCCGCAAGCAAUGCUGCUAAUGAGCCACUGCCUAAGACAAUAUCGGAAAAGGUGUCACAAUAAUAACAGUUAGAAGCUUGUAUAUAAUAUAUGUAGCUUGCAAACACACACACAGUUUGGUGCAUUUGUAAUAAAAAAUAUAUUGUGAUAUACACAAUAUUUACCUGCUUGCAUGCAUGGGUAAAAGUUGUUAAAAAAAUAAACAGUAUUUCUAUUUAAAAUGUAAAUAUUUCUAUCUGUAUUUAGUAUUUCCUUGAGCGCACACUGCUAUUAAAUAAUAUAUAUUCACACGUUUUUUAUGUUACAAAUACAGUUAAUUAUCUAUUAAUUAUUAAAGUUGUUUACAUUUAUUUUUUUUUAGUUUCCUAUAAUACUUUAGUUAUCUACCUUUAGUCGUGCGUCAAUUCUUGCUGUUCCGUCUAGUGUGUUUUUUGUUGUUAAGUUAUCGUUUUGUUUAAAUAUGUGUAAGCCUCUCGGCUCAUUAAUUAAAUCCGCAGUAAUUACCCGCUGAGUUAAUAAAAAUCGAUCAUUUAUUGUCCACUUGUGGAAUUGUGGGGUGAAUGAUAAAUUUAAUUGUAAUGCUUGUUUGACGUUUAAAUGGUGUGAAAUAUGCAUGCAUAUUAAGGUGCCCCUUAUUUACCACGUCAAUGUUUUUUUUACAAACGCCUACUUAAGUUUUAAGCUUUUGCCCUAAAAAAUAUAUCCAAACUAAGCAAAAUCUUUUUUUUUCCAUUUAGAUCAUGUCUAAAUUAAUUUAAUUUUCCCAUAUUUUUAACAUUGGAGUUUCUGAUCUUUUGCAAUAAAUUUUGAUCUCUAUAUUAUAUUCGAAUACUAAAGUUUCCGCUCUAGAAAAAGUCAUAAUAAUUUUUGAUAAAAAAACUUUCCUUUAAAAUUUACUUGUUUGGUGUUAAAUAUCAAAAUCUUCCACAAGCACAACUAAGCGACCUUUAUUUACCAAAUAAUAGUAAUUCCUUUUUGAAAUAUUGAAAAAUUCUGUGAGAUGUUAGUUGUCAGAUUUUAUUCACAAAUAUACCACUUUAUUAUUAGUGCAAAGCAGAACUCUCUAGUUCAUUUCAUAUUUUUAUAAGAUUUAAAUGUGAAUUAACACAAUCACAGACUUUACUAUACCUGUUUUCUGAGCCAUUUUUCCUGACAUGCUUGAUGUUUCACUGUAUGGUUACAACAUACAUAUUAGUAUAUGUUCUAUUCGACUGUUCCAUUUGGCAUAAUUGUAUGUGCAUAUGUAGGUUUUUAUUUUCGAAAAUUAAAAAAUUAAUUGAUCCAUUGCUGUCUAUUUCAGACAGAUUAUACUAUAUAUAUAUAUAUAUUGUACAUAUAUCUGAAAUUUAAAAAAACCAUAUUUACAUUUAAUAUUUAGUAUUCGAUCAAAUUUAUUGAAUCCGAUAAGUUGAAUAACUUCAAACAAUCCACCUGGGUCUUCAACAAUCCUAAAUUUAAAACAAAAACUUUUAAUUUUUUAGUUUAAUUUAAUUGAUCAGAAUAUUCUACUUAGGUAGUAAAAAUCUUUAGUUCAGAAGUCAGGAUGAAAUUGUUUUAUUAAGUAAAAUUUUCAGCUUUUCGAGAUUGUUUGUUAUAGCCUGAAGCCUGAUUAAUAUGUGCACAAAAUUAGACAUUUUACCUCCUGGACAGUGGAAAAAAAUUAUCCACUAUGAAUAUAAAAUAAAAAUUUUAAAUACAUCGUUUUUUUUUGGUAUUGUACAUAGCUUAGCGAUUUUAGGUAAAGAAAACUUCGGUUUUCCAGAUUAAUAUUGUGUCGUUCACUAAAUAAUUUCGUUUGUUGAUAACAGCUUAUUGAAUUCUUUCGCUGCCAACUUCACGCUUAACCGCUUUACGGUUAUAUGUAUAUUUUAACAGCUUGUUUGUAAACACAUUUUCUUUUUUGGAUAACUAAUUUUUGUUUGGUGCUUAUAAAAAAUGGAAGCUUUUUCGAUAUAUUUUGGUGUUUUACUAUCAAAAGUGUAAAAAUGCUGUUCAAACGAGGCGAAAAUUAUGUGUUGUGAGAGAAGAUUUAUGGACAGAACGCUAAUGCCAAAAUUGGUUUGCAAAUUUUCGAUCUAACAAUUUCGAUCUUGAGAAUGCACCACAACCUGGAAGGCCUCUUGACACCGCUGUGGAUAAAAUAAAGUCGUUGGUCCAUGCAAAUUGUGGAAUAACAGAAAGAUUUAAUGUAUCUAAUUUCAUAAAAAAUAGUGUGUAAAUUGCACUCAACAGCAAAAUUACUGAGUGAACGACCCAAUAUUUAUGUAUAUAAAUUAAAUUAAAAGUGUUUAGUUUCUGGCUUUGUUUUAAAUUUCAAAAGGAAUGUAUUUCCUUCCCUUUUUUAUUUUUGAUCGUGUUUUUUAUAUUGCUUUUGUUGUUGCACUAUAAUUACUGUUGGUUAGAAUAUUAAGGAUUACAUGUAUAAGCUUUAUGUAGUAAUAUGUAAGUACAUAUAGUAUGUACAGAAAUUUGUUGCGUUUUUAUUAGCUAUUGUUUUUGUAACGCAGUUGCUUUUUAUUUAUCUUUUUUGUCGUAACAUUUUGAUGGGUGCAUAUGUAUAUGUAUAUUAUUUUAUUUAAAAUAAUUUUUUAAUUUCGUUUUAUUUUGUUUUAUGUGUCUCUAUUAAACGUUUCGUCGUCUACGUUUUAUUCUUCUUAUAUUAUUUGUUUUUGUAUUUUAUUUUAUGUACAAAUGUGUGGGCAUACAUACAUAUACA